AUUAUAUGGGUACUGAAUUUAAAGGAUGGCCUGGAAUUUGAUACAUUGAAAUCUGCAAACAAAGCCGAAAAAAUGGUAUUUAAAAGUUUGAUCGCGCCUACAAUAAGGUGUUUUAAAGAAGAAAACAAGGCAAAUAACGAAUCUAUAGCGAAUACAAGUGUCGUCGCUUCGACUGAUAAUCCAAAGAAUGAGAAUGGUAGUUUAAAAAAAAUUAAAGGCGAUAUCAUGAAAAUUCUUAAUAAAUUUAUCAUAACUUAUUCUACAGAUAUAAUGAAUCCUAAACUCACACUUUAUUUCCUUGGACCAUAUACAUCUCUAGUGGUAAUCGUUGGAGACGAAAAUUUACAUUACUUUAUAAAUCCACCAUCACCGUUGCCACGUUGGUUUUAUGAAACUCACAAAAAUUUCGAACAGAAAGGCCGCUCUUUGUACGUAGAUAUUCCAAAGGAAAUACGAUAUGAAUUUUACAAACAAUUUUAUGAUCUCUUACAGCUAUUUUUAAGUUUUCCUGUGUAGUCUAUUACU